AAAGAGGACGAGGACGACGUAGACUUGCUGGCGUGCGCGUGCUACGUCGCCGCGCACGCGAAUCCAGACAUCGACGUCGAAGACGUGCGACGGGAAAUCGACGCGUGCGCCGCGCUCGUGCGACGUCGAUUGGACGCCGACGUCGACGCGCGGUUCCCGUUGCGCACGAUCAAAACGAUUUCCCGGGCGUGGUCCACGGAUUUAGGCUUCAAGGGCAACGUAGAGAAUUAUUACGAGGUGGAAAACUCGUGCGUCGACGACGUGCUGAGGCGAAAAGUUGGGAUUCCCAUCACGCUGUGUUUGAUGUACAUGGAAAUCGCCAAGCGCGUCGGCGUCGACAUGGUCGACGUCGGGAUUCCCGGACACUUGCUGUGUCGACCGCUGGCUGAAGGCAUGGAGGUGCUCGUGGAUCCGUUCAACCAAGGCGACGUCUUAUUCAUCGAAGAAGUCGAGGAUAUUUUGAGCAAAAAUUCCUUGUUCGGAGAAGGCGGCAAAGUGCAGAUCGAGCGCUCGUUUCUCCAAGAGACAAAGAUACGUAAAAAGGCGUUUCUGACGAGGAUGCUGGUGAAUCUCAAGUCGAUUUACUUCGCUCGCGAAGAUUACGAGCGCGCGCUGCAGAUCACCGAGUACAUGAUGGCGUGUAACCCG